AUGGUCCGUUUUACUAUUCCGCAGGCCGUGACGGCGCUGCUGGCUGCCGUUCAGACUGUGUCUAGUACCCCGUUCACUGUUGGACGACUUGAUCAGCGUAGUGCCUCUCCCCCACACAGCUCUGUGUGGCCUUCGGCAUUGAAUGGUCAGGUUUACGGCGAGUCUUGGCCGGAAUUUGCCAAUAAGACCAAGCGGUGGUCGUCGUACAGGGCGCCAACGUUUGAUGAAGUCUUUCUCCCUGAAAACGAAAAUGAUCUUUCCUUGGGUCUCGAAUACAUGUCGAGCAAGAAUAUGUCGUUCCUGGCCAGGUCGGGAGGGCAUGGAUAUUCUCCUACUCUCCAAUCCAUCCAGGAUGCCGUCUUGAUUAACCUCGAAAACUUCAACUAUGUCAAUGUGCAGGACAAAGGCACCGUCGUUGUUGGCACAGGCGCUUAUUUCGGUGACUUGAUCGACACCGUGGGUGGGGCUGGAAGAGAGCUGACCGUUGGAUCAUGCCCGUGUGUUGGCGCAACUGGUGCUAUGCUCGGAGGAGGAUUGGGUCGUCUCCAAGGCCUGUACGGACUAACUAGCGACGCUCUCCGCAGUGUCCGUUUAGCGUUGUGGAAUGGUACCAUCAUUGAAGCCUCUGCUACCCAGCACCCUGAUCUCUUUUGGGGUAUCCGAGGCUCUGGCCAGAACUAUGGCAUUGUGUUUGAGUCGACGUACGAGACUUGGCCUGCGACCCAUGGAGGCAUUCACUACAGCGCCGACAUGACAUUCGCCAAGAGCGAAAUCAAGCAAGUCACCGAGAUUAUCAACAGUCUGACCACUCCGGCUCUGGAAGAUAAACUGGCUCUUCUUGUCUUCCUUUCAUUGAAUGCCACCACCAACGAUCUCAACAUGGUCGUCAACAUCGUCUACCCCGGCCCCGAGGAAGAAGCCCGAAAGUACACCAAGCUCUUCUCACCCUACAGCCAGAGCCUUCAAGAGCACAUGCUGAAGUGGCAACAACUCCCCGAAAAGUCCGUUCUCGGCCUCAUCCCUUUGUCCUGCGCCUCAGGCCCACGAUACGAUCUGUACGCUCUCAACGCCAAGACCCUCGACCCCGCAACAUGGGUUGAGUUCGGCAACGAGUUCGAAUCCUUUAUGCAAAAGUACCCCGCCACCAACGGCUCGUCCGUCAUGAUCGAGACGUUCCCGGUACAGGGCAUGCAGGCGCUCGGCAACGACUACUCUGCCUUCCCCCACCGCGACUACUUUGAAAACGUCAUUGAAAUGAUCGGAGUCUACGAAGAUGACAGUGUCGGACAGGAAGUUGACGAUUUUUUCCGCGCUUGGCGUGACAGAUUCGCUAAUACCUCUGGUUAUGAUAAGCUCCAUGUCUACCAGAACUAUGCUCAUGAUGAUGAGCCGUUGUCGGCUCUUUAUGGAUACCAGGACUGGCGUCAUGAGCGCCUGACAAAGCUCAAAAAUGCUUAUGAUCCUCACGGUUUCUUUGAUGGGUACCACGCUGUGCCUUUUGAUAUUAGCAAGUGGACCUAA